AUGUCAAGGAUUCCGUUUCCGCGUCGUACGGAAUCAUCGACUCAAACCGACGUGACUUAUGACUUAUCUUAUACUACAUCGGCUCAAUCUACUAUAUCGGCUCAAUCUCCUAUAUCGGCUCAAUCUCCUACAUCGUCUCAAUCUACUAUAUCGGCUCAAUCGUCUCAAUCUACUAUAUCGGCUCAAUCGUCUCAAUCUACUAUAUCGGCUCAAUCGACUCAAUCUCCUAUAUCGGCUCAAUCGCCUCAAUCUACUAUAUCGACUCAAUCGUCUCAAUCUACUAUAUCGACUCAAUCGUCUCAAUCUACUAUAUCGGCUCAAUCGCCUCAAUCUACUAUAUCGACUCAAUCGUCUCAAUCUACUAUAUCGGCUCAAUCGCCUCAAUCUACUAUAUCGACUCAAUCGUCUCAAUCUACUAUAUCGACUCAAUCGUCUCAAUCUACUAUAUCGGCUCAAUCGCCUCAAUCUACUAUAUCGACUCAAUCGUCUCAAUCUACUAUAUCGGCUCAAUCGCCUCAAUCUACUAUAUCGACUCAAUCGUCUCAAUCUACUAUAUCGACUCAAUCGUCUCAAUCUCCCAUAUCGACUCAAUCGUCUCAAUCUCCUAUAUCUACUAAAUCUCGUAAAUCGACUCAAUCUCGUGUGUCUAUUCAAUCUCGUAAGCCAACUCAAUCACGUAUAUCAAUUCAAUCUCCUAAGUCAAAUGUAACUCCUCAAUCAUUUAACACGAAAAAGUCCCGUACUAAAUCUACCUAUUCUACAUUUCCUAAUCCUCCUAUAUCGAAAGCCCGCGUGCUUUGCACCGCGAAAUACGCGUUCCUCAUAUACGAGCAGAGAGUUGUAUUGGCACCUACUACGUUUUCACUGGCGCUAGCAGAAGCGUCGGGAGUGAGCGUGAACCAGCGUUCGAAGGCGUUCACUCAGCGGAGAUAG